GAGGGUGAACCUGAGGAGGAGGAGGAGGGUGAACCUGAGGAGGAGGAGGAGGAGGAGGAGGAGGAGGAGGAGGAGGGUGAACCUGAGGAGGAGGAGGAGGAGGAGGAGGAGGAGGGUGAACCUGAGGAGGAGGAGGAGGGUGAACCUGAGGAGGAGGAGGAGGGUGAACCUGAGGAGGAGGAGGAGGGUGAACCUGAGGAGGAGGAGGAGGAGGGUGAACCUGAGGAGGAGAAGGAGGGUGAACCUGAGGAGGAGGAGGAGGAGGAGGAGGAGGAGGAGGGUGAACCUGAGGAGGAGGAGGAGGAGGGUGAACCUGAGGAGGAGAAGGAGGGUGAACCUGAGGAGGAGGAGGAGGAGGGUGAACCUGAGGAGGAGGAGGGUGAAGCUGAGGAGGAGGAGGAGGGUGAACCUGAGGAGGAGGAGGAGGGUGAACCUGAGGAGGAGGAGGAGGGUGAACCUGAGGAGGAGGAGGAGGAGGGUGAACCUGAGGAGGAGAAGGAGGGAGAAGCUGUGGAGGAGGAGGAGGAGGAGGAGGAGGAGGAGGAGGGUGAACCUGAGGAGGAGGAGGAGGAGGGUGAACCUGAGGAGGAGAAGGAGGGGGAACCUGAGGAGGAGGAGGAGGAGGAUGAAGCUGAGGAGGGGGAGGAGGGUGAACCUGAGGAGGAGGAGGAGGGUGAACCUGAGGAGGAGGAGGAGGAGGGUGAACCUGAGGAGGAGGAGGAGGAGGAGGAGGGUGAACCUGAGGAGGAGGAGGAGGAGGAGGAGGAGGGUGAACCUGAGGAGGAGGAGGAGGAGGGUGAACAUGAGGAGGAGGAGGAGGGUGAAGCUGAGGAGGAGGAGGAGGAGGAUGAAGCUGAG